AUGACUCUGAACUUUACAGUGCCCCUAGAGAUUUCCUUGCUGACAGAGAGACUGUAUCUGUUCUUUCUUCCAAGAGAUGGCUUCGCACGUGCUACCGCCCUCUUGGGCAUGGCUGUAACGCUCUCCACCUGCCAACUCAGAUCAGGUAGCACUGAUGACAGUAAUGUCUCUUUGUGCCUGCGCGGCCGGAGAAUCGGUACAACUCCUCUACUUGGCACAGAAGACUGCUUUGACUGCUUCUGCGAUGAGUCUCUCGGCUUCCACACCGGCGCCCGCCCACAAGUCUGUAGCUGUGGGUGGUCGCUGAGACGGAAACUCCAACGCAUAGCCAUCGCCCGUCAAGGAUGGCAGAAUGACAACGGUAACCUCAGACAGCUCGUACAUAACGUAGUGCGAUCGAGUAGAACUGGCCACCUUGCUCCAUACCCGCCCUCUGGAUGCGCAGCCAAUUUUCGCCCCUCGCCCACAGCCGGCAGCAGCGCAACUCAACAUCACGACAGAGCAAGCUUGGAAAGCUUCUACUUUGAUGAUAAUGCUUCUGUUUUGACUUCAGAAGCUGAUGCAGGUAAUGCUAACAGAAUCUUCCUCGCAGACACCGGCACACGCCGGAGUGCAACACUCUCAUCUGCAGCGGCGGGGCAACACACUGCUGAGAAUAUCUCACCUUCGUCCACGUACACGCGCGUCUAUUGCAACAGCACGCAUAAUUAUUUGGCCAUUCUCGAAAUGCAGCUCUUCCAAGCCCAAAGAAUGAGCUUUGGGGCCGGUAACCAAUCGCAGCGCUGA